UGCAAGUGAGAAAGUCUGAGAUUCAAUCAUGAAUUAAUCUUGACUCAAAUUUUCAGUCUCUGUGUGUGGAGUGUGACAGUGCGAACAGUCACAGCUUCGCAAUGGCGCGCACUCGGACACCAUGACACCUUAAAAGAGACAGUCGCAGCCUCUACACACAAGAAGUGAGUUGCCAAGCGAAGAGAGAGGGCACCGUUGGUUCCAUGUCGCCCACGACAAACGAAGACAAGCCAGAAACAGCCACUAGUAGCACUCCAUCCCCUGCCAACAAGCCACAAUGGCGUGGAGUUGCUCUUUCUGUGCUCGUGGCGAUCCUUGCUGUCGCGACGGGUCUCUUGUGGCGCCAUUCGCAAUUGCUUCCAGCAUUCAUCGAGAAAUGGAGUACCGGUAGUAGUAAAUCCGAGACAACAACGACAACGACACUGUGGACCAUUACGCCCAAUUCGACGGGUCUUCUAGUGGACGCAUCGAUCUACGAGACGUACUUGGGAUCCGAAUUGUCCAUGUUGGAAGAGUCACCUCCAACAAACAACAAUGGAAAGCACUCGUGUGUCUACUUGUUUCUGGAACUCACGCCCAAGACGACCAACGCCGACAUGCAUCGAGAAUGGAAAACCAACAAAAGAAGCAGUUGUCGUGUCAUGGUCAUGGCCAAUACCGACCAAUUCACUAUCGAAACGCUGGAUUUGCCGAAUCUGGAAUUGAUCCUGUGCAAAACUCGACAAUGUGUUUCCUGGAUUCAACAAAAACAGCAAGAACAAAACAAGAAAAUUCCCAUGUUCUACACUGGUUUUACAUCCAUUGUUCCCUCUUCUGCUUCGUUGCAGGAUGAUGAUAAUCUGGAACGAUUCCACAAAUUCAUCCACGUCGCCGGAAGAAGUCCCCACAAGGGAACCUGGAGUAUCCUUCAAGCAUGGUUACAACAUCCACACUGGCCGACACUGACGUUGACCAGCUACAAUAAUCAAAUGGUCGAUCAUCUGCUGGCACAACUCAAGCAACAAUUGAGAAUACAACACUUACCUUCCAAUAUUCGACAUUUGACGCAAAAACUGUCACGAGCCGAAAUGGACCACUUGAUGACAUCUCAUGGCGUCCAUUUGUGUUUGAGUGGCAUGGAAGGUUUUGGACAUUACAUAAACGAAGCACGGGCUGUCGGGGCGCUUCUGCUGGCCACCAAUUAUCCGGCCAUGAACGAAUUUGUCACUGCCAAAAACACUGGGAUAUUGCUGGAACCCAGCAACAUGCUAGAGUGGACCAAUGGACUGCCGUUUGCCAAUGUGGGGGCACCCGAAUUGGCACGGGUCAUGAAUCAAAUCGUACUGCCCAUGUCGUUGGAGCAACGACGGGACUACGGACAACGAGCUCAAGAGGCAUUUUAUACGGAUCGAAAGCUGUUUCAACAACGCAUGACUCAUUUACAGUGUUAUGUGGAAUCAUGUCGGCACGACGACAGCACAAAAAAAGAUGCAUCCUCUUGUGCCCAUACAUGUGGACUCCAAUUGGAGUAGCCAGCUUCCAAGCAAACUAUCCAUCUUGGGCCAAGAACGAGCAACUUCGGGUGUACGGGAUGUUUUCAGGUAUUCACAUUGGUCUCUCUCUACCAGCCUCUUUCAAUGGAUGCAUUGGCACCAGACAGACAAAGUGAUGUCGAUCAAUCUACUCGGAGGCCGAGCCAGUCAAACCAGUCAGCGUCAAGAAAAAAGAAAUUGCUCUUUCUGCCCAAGCGCAAGCAUACGUACGGCAGUUUCCCAGAAACAAAGCUGUAUGAAGAAUGAGUGCGUAUGUAAAGGAGCAACAAGAGCAAAAUCACAAUUGUGCUGUCCAGACACGGCCCAGAAUCACCAAAGCACCAAGGACAACGAUACAAGGAGUUGACAGGACCGAUGCAACGAGGCACAUAUUUGAUUUAGUUCAUUGAUUUGUACGCUUCAGCAGCUUUCAUCCCCACCGUACCAUCGACUGACCAAGAGUCUCCCCACUACGGUAGCUUUCAAGCAAGUCACGGUUGCGGCUGCUCAGCCCGCAUGAACAGUAAACUACAUGUACAAUGCGGCAGUGUGACCCGAGUCGUAUCAUUGCUCUACUUUUUUAUUUAGCUAGUUCAGAAGUCGUAAGGACUGUUUUGGUGGAUUUCGUAGCUUCGCGUAGCUUCUUCAAAAUCUCCCCUUAAACGACUGUACAGCUCUGGCAAUGUUCCUUCUCGUUGUUGAUAGGUCCGAUCCAUGUAUUGGAUUUCAUCUCCUUCAUCCAGACCUGUCUUGAGAGUGUUGAAUCGCGUGAAGAAGUAGUUAGUAACUUCCGGAGACAAGUUCAAAGGAUUGCUGUCAGGAUGAAAGAGGGCCAUGGCUGAACGCCCGAUAGUGGCGGCAUCCCAGUCCUUCAAAUGCAGCUUCUUCAAGAUAAUGUCCGCACGUGCAGGGCUUGCUUGCCCGCCCAAACUCUUCAUUGGGUUCUUGAGAGUCUUGGCCAAGAAGGCUCUAUCCUCUUCCGGAAAGUCGCUGGCAGACAGCUUUGUGUGGUCCCAGUACAAGGGAUGAUCUUUUGGUAGAUUGAGAAAGCGAACCUUGGGCCGCUCCUUCCGAGUCAUGGUGGGCAUGGACAUGCUUGCCAUGGAUUCAUGAAGCUCCGACAUGGGUGUGGCGGACUUGGCUUGUUGUCGUUUGCGUCGUUUCUCGGCUUCUCGACGCGCGUUCUUCUGGAUUUCUUGAUUCAUAAAGGCUGGAACGCCAUCCAUUUUGAAGGAACGGCUCUUGUGUGGUCUGGGUGGUGCUUUGGUAUCUCGAAAUGGCCUAGGUUUGCUCUUGUAGGACAGGAUGAGAUUCUUCAUUCUGUCGUCAUUGCUGGAGCUGUUGUUGAAUUCUUGCACCAGGGAACUAUUUCCGGUACUAGUAUUGAGAGUGAUGCUUCUGUUGACAUCUUGACUUUUUCUUUCAUUGACGGCCGAGUUGCUGUCCUUAAAGGUCAGACUGAGCUCGCCAAUAUGUUGCCGCAACUCAUCCAAGUCCAUGGAUGAUUCCGAAGACUCGGUGUCGCUGUUGCAGCGCUCCUUCUUCUUGCCUCCUCUCUUAAAGACAUUGCCAACUUUCAUUUUCAACGAGCCUCUCUUGGACAUGGUGUUAGUUUACUUCUUUACUGUCGUUUUUCAAUGAAUGAGGAUAUCUUGAUGCUCUUCCCUUUCCAGUGUGUGUGAUAGUUCGUUGUCUCA